UCCGGGCCGCGGGAAGCUGACGCGCCGGCCUAAGAAUAGCGCGGGCCGGGGCUGCGGCCGGAGCUGCUGAUGAAAUCGCAGCCGCCAGCGUUGGAGGCUUUGGACCUUCCCAUGCUCGGGACCUUUGACUCAUAAGAGGCUCCUGCGGAGGAGGAGGAGGAGAGGAGAGGAAGGAGAGGCAGGAGGAGGGAGCAGAGCCCGGUCCGGAGCGGGGCAGCUGCAGGGGCGCGCACAGCGGCGCUGCAUGAGGAGUUUUCGGACAAGAUGCUCUCCCUGAAGAAGUACUUCACGGAGGGGCUGAUCCAGUUCACCAUCCUGCUGAGCCUGGUCGGGGUGCGCGUGGACGUGGACAGCUACCUGAGCUCGCAGCUGCCGCCGCUGCGCGAGAUCAUCCUGGGCCCCAGCUCGGCGUACGCGCAGACCCAGUUCCACCAGCUGCAGAACACGCUGCACGGCUAUGGCGUCCACCCCAAGAGCGUCGAGCUCGACUCCUUCUUCUCGGCGCGCCGCCUGCUGAGCCAGGUGCGCGCCCUGGACCGGCUGCGGGUGCCCAGCACCGAGCUCAGCGCCUGGCUGGUGCACCGCGAGCCCGAGGCGCCCCAGGACGGCGGCGGCGGCGCCGACCGCGACGCCGGGGCCGAGCAGGGCUUUGGGGACGAGCUGGAGGACCUGGGAGCCGUGGCGGCGCCCGCCAACGGGGACCUCACCAAGGAGGACAUCGAUUUGAUUGACAUCCUGUGGAGACAGGAUAUUGAUCUCGGCGCUGGGCGAGAGAUUUUUGACUACAGCCACCGUCAGAAAGAGAGCGAAGUGGACAAAGAGCUGAGCGAUGGGAGGGAGCGCGGGGACAGCUGGAGGAGUGCAGGGGAUGAGGUCUUGGAUAGAAUCCCGCUAGUUGAUGGAGAGACCGGGGAGAGUUUCCCUGCGCAGGUGCCCGGAGCGGAGGAUCAGACAGCCCUGUCCCUGGAGGAGUGCCUUAGGCUGCUGGAGGCCACCUUCCCCUUCGGGGACAAUUCCGAGUUCCCAGCUGCGGAUGUCUCGGCCCUGAGCGAGGCCGUGCCCGGGCAGAGCCGGGCCCCGGGCGGCGCCCCCGGCCUGCUGUCCCCUCUGCUGGCCGAGACCGAGUCGCCCUUCGACCUGGAGCAGCAGUGGCAGGACCUGAUGUCCAUCAUGGAGAUGCAGGCCAUGGAGGUGAACAGCACGAGCGCCGAGAGCCUCUACGGCGGCACGGGCGGGGACCUGCUGGCGUCCAACUACAGCCUGGCCCCCGGCACGCCCAUCAACCAGAACGUCAGCCUGCAUCAGGCCUCGCUGGGCAGCUGCUCCCAGGACUUCUCCCUCUUCAGCUCGGACAUGGAGAGCCCCUCCAUGGCGGGCGGCUCGGCCCUGCUGCAGCUGGCGCCCGACAACUCCACCGGCCUCAACAGCACCUUCGGCUCCACCAACCUGAGCGGGAUCUUCUUCCCGCCCCAGAUGAACGGCACGGCCAACGAGACGGCCGGGCCCGAGCUGCCCGACCCGCUGGGGGGGCUGCUGGACGAGGCCAUGCUGGAUGAGAUCAGCCUGAUGGACUUGGCCAUCGAGGAGGGCUUCAACCCCGUGCAGGCCUCGCAGCUGGAGGAGGAGUUCGAUUCCGACUCAGGUCUUUCCCUGGAUUCCGGCCACAGCCCCGCGUCCCUGAGCAGCUCCGAAGCCUCGUCCUCGUCGUCCUCUUCCUCUUCGUCCUCCUCCUCCUCCUCGUUUUCCGAGGAAGGCGCCGUGGGCUACAGCUCGGACUCGGAGAACGUGGACUUUGAGGAAGCGGAAGGGGCGGUUGGCUACCAGCCAGAGUACAGCAAGUUCUGCCGCAUGAGCUACCAGGACCCGGCGCAGCUCCACUACCUGCCUUACCUGGAGCACGUGGGCCACAACCACACCUACAACAUGGCCCCGGGCGCCCUGGACCCCGAGGAGCCCAAAGCGCCCGGCGCCGGCAAGAAGAGCGGCAAGGAGAAACCGUCGGAGCUGCUGGACAAGCAGCUGAGCCGCGACGAGCACCGCGCCCGGGCCAUGAAGAUCCCCUUCACCAACGACAAGAUCAUCAACCUGCCCGUGGAGGAGUUCAACGAGCUCCUGUCCAAGUACCAGCUGAGCGAGGCCCAGCUCAGCCUCAUCCGCGACAUCCGCCGGCGCGGCAAGAACAAGAUGGCGGCGCAGAACUGCCGCAAGAGGAAGCUGGACACCAUCCUCAACCUGGAGCGCGACGUGGAGGAGCUGCAGCGCGACAAGUCCAAACUGCUCAGGGAGAAGGUGGAGUUCCUCAAGUCCAUCCGGCAGAUGAAGCAGAAGGUGCAGAGCCUGUACCAGGAGGUGUUCGGGCGGCUGCGGGACGAGCAGGGCCGGCCCUACUCGCCCAGCCGCUACGCGCUGCAGUACGGCAGCGACGGCAGCGUGCUGCUGAUCCCGCGCGCGCCCGCGCCCGCCGAGCCGCAGCCGCGCCGCCCGGAGCGCAAGCAGAAGGACAGGAGGAAGUGAAGGCGGCGGCGGAAGGGAGAGCUGGGACGAGGGCCGAGCCUGGAGGUGCUUGCGGAGGGAACUUUGAUGCCUUCUUAUCCGAUCCUGUCUCCUGGGGCCGCGCGCGGCGCCGGCGGCGCCGGGGACUCUGCGGGAGCGAGCGGCCGUCCCCGAGCGCGGGACGGGGCCCAGCCCGAGCCCAGCUGCCACCGGCCACCCCCGGGUGCUGGGAGAGCAGGGACGAGCUGGCAUCGCUGCUGGGGAGGUUGGCACGAGGUGGAUAAAACAAAAAAAAAACCACAAAAAAAAAAAUCCCACAAAAAAAAAAAAAAUACAAACUACUGUUAGGAACUGGCUUUAAGUAAGAGAAAAAAAAAAAGAACAAAAAACAAGAAAAAAAAAGAGAUUUAAGCGAAUGGACUUCAAACCAAGUUAUAGGAGAGACGUUUUUCUGAACUUCCAAAGUUCUGUGAUUUCAGGUAGUUGGUUGUUUUUAAUUUUUUUUUCCCUUUUUCUUUUUUCUUUUGGUUAUUUUUUGGUUUUUUUCUCCCUUUUUUCCUUUCAUCCCGAGCCCGUUUUUGCCAUCGGUGUGUGUGAGAUAUUCCAGAUUUCUCCUUCCUCGACGGAGAUCAGACCAGGGCACACGUGGAGAGACACAAAAAGUGGCGUGACUUCCAUUAACCCUUUCCAGCCCGAGGAGGAGCAGAGCCGGGGGCGACUCCCGUUAACCCUUUCCUGCCUGGGGAAAGGGCAAGGAAUCCAUCGUGGGAGGAAGGGGAAGGCAGGGAGGAGGGGGCUGCAGGAUCCCUUGCGGAGCACCCGGCCCCGCCUGCUUCUCCCGGGAAGGAAUUUUGGGUCAGGAACAGCACAAGGGGAGCGCUGGGACCCCGAUCCCAACCUCAGCCCCGGCCUUGGGGCCUCACCUCGAGCACCCAACAGCUGCAGGUCCCCGUCCCACAACCACGCUUGGGUUUUCUGGGGGUUCCAGCCUUGACUUUUUCCUCCCCCUUUUAGGGUCUAGAAGUGCUUGUGUUGAGUAAAAAAACAAACAAACAAAGAAAAAAAACAAAAAAAAAAUUACAAAAAAAAAAAAAGAAAAAAAAAGCCAAAAAAAAAAAAGGGAGAAGCCCAAACGUUCAAAGCUGCUCAAUGUUCUCUUUGCCAUAAAGAUUCCGUGUAACCGUGUGAUCACAUUAUAGGAUUCUCUUCUGUCCCUAGAGGUGUUGGUCUGACUUCCUUUGUUUUUCAGGAGGGGGGUGGGGGUAGUGCCUUGAUCACUGUCAGGUCUCCACACCUCGGAGACCAUCCUAGAGCUGUAUUUCCAUAUAGCACAGCUGGGAGUGUUCUGACUUUACCAGCAACCAGAAAAAAAAAAUAGAAAUUAAAAAAAAAAAAAAAAAAGGAAAAAAAAAGCUUAAAAAAAUAAAUAAAAUGAAUAAAAUGAAAAUAAAUGGCUUUUCCGAGCCAGUCCUGUGCACGGGAUCCAGGCAGGAUCCCAGGGUGGCGCUUCCACCUGGGAGAGCAGCAGGGAAGGCCCGCCGGCAAGAUGUGUGUGGGUUUGUGGGAAUGUUUUCAUGGUUUUUUGGGAAUGCUUGGAGCUGGGAUGGGCUGGAUGGGGGCCCCGAGCCCCUCCGGCCCCCCGGGAAUGAAGCACAAGUUGGGAUGUGGGGAGGUUGGGAUGGAGAGAGAGCCCUGUGCGUGUGGGUAAAUUAUUUCUUUUUGUUUCCUCUUAGAAACUUGUUUUGAUUUGAAUGAUCUGUGACCUGUCAGGGAGAGAAGAGAGAUUGUUGUGAGCACAGGACAAAAAAAUAAAAACGGCUUAUUCACUGUA